AUGUUAAAUAUUUGUCAUCGUCAGAAAAAAUCCAUUGAACAUCCAUUAUGUUUAUCAGAUACUGAAUUAUAUACUAUUUGUUAUGAUCCAACAAAACCCCUCUUUAUAUUUCUAUCGAAUGCAUCACAAAUAAAACGAGCAUCAGAUCGUAAGACUAAUAGUCAAACAUAUGCUGAUUAUUAUGAAGAAAUAAUUCCUAAUAUUCAUAUUAAUAAAGAUUUGGUUAUGGGUUCAAUGAAAGUGAUAAAUAAAAGAAAAAUAACAUUAAAUAAACAAGAAAAUUCAAUUAUAUCAUCCGAUCAAACAAUUUAUUAUUAUCCAAUUGAACUUUUACAUUAUGCUCCAUUAAAUCAAUCAGAUUUUAUAUUUAUUUCUAAAUUUCCAAGUAUUCUUAUUCGACUAGUACAGUUAUAUCAUAUUGAACAAUUAAGAAAAUUAUUUGCAGAGAACAUUCAAUGUUAUACUGUUUCACUUAAUCAUCUGAAUUAUGAUUUUUCUCUAAGUUAUGAACAACCAUCAGCUGAUAUUCUUUUUCAAGCAAUAACUCGACGUUCAGUUAAUGAACAAUUUGACAUGGAAAAUUUAGAAAGUCUUGGUGAUUGUUUUUUAAAAUUAGCUAUAUCAAUGUCAUUAUAUUAUCAAUAUCCAUUGGCUAAUGCUGGUGAAUUAACAAAAGAAAAAACAAAUGAAAUUUCAAAUGAAAAUCUUUAUCGAUUAGCAGUUGAAAAUAAAAUUAAAAAUUAUUUAUAUAAUGAAAAAAUUAUUUUUCAAGGCAAAGAUUCAAAUUGGCUACCACCUGGAUAUAUAAUUAAAAUAAAUAAUAAUAGAAAUAAAUAUACACAUCAAAAAGUUAAACGUAAAGCAUUUGCUGAUAUGAUUGAAGCUUUUAUUGGAGCCUUUUUAUUAUCAAGUAAUUAUAGAACUACAAUUAAAUUUAUGCAUUGGCUUGGACUUCAUGUGAUUCCGUUAGAUCAAAACAGUAAAGUUAUUUAG